AUGCUUAUCGCCCGACGAUUCUCCAUCACCAACUUCAUGAUCGCGACUUCCGCACUCGGAUUCCAGGUCUUCGUCCUCUAUCCAUGGCACAACAAAUUGGAUGAGGAUUUUAAAGAGCUCAAACAGGAAAACUUGAAAUUGAUGCAAGAGAUUGAGAGAGGACACCUUUUGGAAUUGAAAGAAAUCAGAGAAGGGCUGCGUAGACUACGGGCGAACUGA